AAGCGAUGAUCACUGAUCAGAAACAGAGCAGUAGUAGUGACGUCAUUUUCCGAUCAAAGCUACCAGAUAUCUACAUCCCUAACCACCUUCCCCUCCACGACUACAUCUUCGAAAACAUCUCUGAGUUCGCCGCUAAGCCAUGUUUGAUCAACGGCCCCACCGGCGAAGUUUACUCCUACGCCGACGUCCACGCGACGUCCCGCAAAAUCUCCGCUGGGCUCCUCAAACUCGGCGUGAGCCAACACGACGUUGUGAUGCUCCUCCUCCCGAAUUCUCCGGAAUUCGUCCUCACCUUCCUCGCCGCAUCCUUCCUCGGCGCAAUCACCACCGCCGCGAACCCUUUCUUCACUCCGGCGGAGAUCUCCAAGCAAGCCAAAGCUUCCGCCGCGAAGCUCAUCGUCACCCAAUCCCGCUACGUCGAUAAACUGAAAACCCUCCAAAACGACGGCGUCUUAAUCGUCUGCACAGACGACGACGACAUCUCCUCCGCCGUCCCCGAAGGCUGCCUCCGCUUCUCCGAGUUGACUCAGUCCUUAGAAGAAGAUAUCCACCCCCGAGACACCUCGAUUUCGCCGGACGACGUCGUGGCGCUCCCUUACUCCUCAGGCACGACGGGUCUCCCAAAAGGAGUGAUGCUAACACACAAGGGUCUCGUCACGAGCGUGUCGCAGCAAGUCGACGGCGAGAAUCCGAACCUAUACUUCCACAGAGAGGACGUGAUCCUCUGCGUCUUGCCUAUGUUCCACAUCUACGCACUCAACUCCAUCAUGCUGUGUAGUCUCAGAGUCGGUGCCACCAUCUUGAUCAUGCCUAAAUUCGAGAUCAGUCUCUUGCUAGAGCAGAUCCAGAGGUGUAAAGUCACGGUGGCUAUGGUCGUGCCACCGAUCGUUUUGGCCAUCGCGAAGUCGACGGAGACGGAGAAGUACGACCUGAGCUCGGUUAGGGUCAUAAAGUCAGGUGCGGCUCCUCUUGGUAAGGAGCUUGAAGAUGCCAUUAGUGCUAAGUUUCCUAACGCCAGGCUUGGUCAGGGCUACGGGAUGACAGAGGCGGGUCCGGUGCUAGCAAUGUCGCUAGGGUUCGCUAAAGAGCCUUUCCCGGUGAAAUCAGGAGCCUGUGGUACAGUCGUUAGGAACGCCGAGUUGAAGAUCGUUGAUCCAGACACCGGAGAAUCUCUUCCUCGGAACAAUUCCGGCGAAAUCUGCAUCCGCGGCCACCAGAUCAUGAAAGGCUACCUCAAUGAUCCGGCUGCCACCGCCGCUACCAUCGACGAAGAAGGUUGGCUUCACACCGGAGACAUCGGAUUCGUCGACGAAGACGACGAGCUUUUCAUCGUCGAUCGAUUGAAAGAAUUAAUCAAGUACAAAGGAUUCCAGGUGGCUCCGGCGGAGCUUGAGUCUCUCCUCAUCUCUCACACAGACAUCAACGAUGUCGCCGUCGUCGCAAUGAAAGAAGAAGAUGCUGGUGAGGUUCCUGUUGCAUUUGUGGUGAGGUCGAAAGAUUCUAAUAUAUCUGAAGAUGAGAUCAAACAAUUCGUGUCAAAACAGGUUGUGUUUUACAAGAGAAUCAACAAAGUGUUCUUCACUGACUCCAUUCCUAAAGCUCCAUCGGGAAAGAUAUUGAGGAAGGAUCUAAGAGCAAGACUUGCAAAUGGAUUUGACCAACUAAGCUUA